CUGCAGGCGUUCAGCGAUCUGCUGGCCUCGCCGUGUAUACCCUCGCAAGCCGAGCCGAACCUUCAUGACACACGUCUCUUAACACCUUUUCUCUCGCCUUGCCUGACUAUUGUGUUCCCCUUUGAGGCGAGGACGGAGGCAAGCAGCAGCAGCGAGAGGAGUCUGAAAGUCCGUGUUGACGUCGGCGCCGCGCGUGCGGCCCAGCCGCACACUCAGGAACGGGAGAGGGGCAGUCCCGCGAGCGAUAGAAGAGCGCGAAGCUCGGCUCGGUGCGGUGAGUCAAGCUGCCGUCUGGUUUUCUCUACCUCGCUACCACCAACACUCGUACCACCAAUGCUCUCCAGUCCUCGCGAGAUGAGCUAUAGGCCUCCAGGCCGCUCUCGCCGACAAGCUGCCGGCGAUCCCAACGCCGCUCGCCGCGUCACUUCAACGGCGUCACCCGCCGCUGCGCCGCAUGCGUCCGUCGGUCAGGAAGAGGAGCUCUUCUACGCCGGCAUGUAUGCGCCGGCGGCGGAGCGUCUCGAGCCCAACUGCCCGACUCCAGCUCCGUCCGCCUCAGACUGUUUCCACGAGAGACGGCGCGCGAGGCACGCGCGGACUGCCACGACUACGGCGGCAGCGACAGCCGCCGCGACGGAGCAGGACGGUUCAGCUCGCGAAGCUGGUUCGCGGGCGGGCAGUGCCAGCGAUCUCGCGACGCCACUUCACACUGCAGCACGUCCGUCGAGCGCUUCAAGUGUUCGCACCGGCAGUGGCGCGCUUGUCGUCGGCGAAGGACAGCUCAAAAGCGUGAAGGCAACCACACAACAGAGCAAGAAGUCUGCCGAGCCGACGUCGCGAUACUCGAUUGCUGCUGGCCGGGAGGAGAAGCGCAAGCAGCAAGCAGCCGCGUCUAAGGCCGCCCGGAACGAGCAGCCAGACUCGUCUGAGGACACCGAAGAGGAAUCAGAGGAGGGGUCUGAGGAGGAAGCCUCAGCGUGUUGUAUGAAGGCAUCGUUCUUGCACAGAGACUUCGUAUUCAUCUGUCCGAUGCGGACCUGGACGCUCUCCUGCUGCAAGCCGAAGAACUGAAAUCAGCGCUGCCUUCCCCGGACCUACCCAAACAAGAACUCGAGCUCGUCGAUCUUACCUCGGCGCCGUGGAACCGUUCCAACAUCCUGCCACCGAGCACCAGCGAGCCGCUGCUGAGAUGGCUCAAGAGCUUCUAUCAAGAGCAUGUGCAGCCCCUACACUCCGCGAUCGAGCCGCGCUUUCAAGAGUCUUUGAGAAUCCGAGC